AUGGCCCGCCAAGAUCUUAUUGUUGUUGCACUUGUUUUCAUUACCAUGGUUGGGGCAUUUGCCACCGAUAAAUCACUUUCACCAACCCCUUCCAAGGCUUCUUCCCCUGCAAAGUUGCCAUCUUCUUCUUUCUCGACUUCCUCUACCGAGUCGUCUUUCGACGGAAGAGCACCCAAAUCAUCUCCUAUUGGAGCUCUAAAGAGUUUUUCAAGCUCUUCCUAUUCUAGCCAUAGUAAAAGCGAUAGCCCCGAGGCCAAGGAAGGAUCCUCUUUUGACACUGAGUUAGUUGAGGACGUCUCAUCCCCUCCUUCCCCAAAUGUCACUGACAAAGUUUUGUCUCUUCUCCAUGCCCUAAAAAGCAAGGGCGAUGCAGUUGAUAGAGAAAGCCCGAAUUAA